GCUUAAUGUGACGUGUGCUCGCAAUUAUAUACGUGUUAAUUUAUCUUUUUAUUGGUUUAAAGCGUACCAUGUAACACUACAAAAUGUUACUAUAAAUUAGUAAUAUUUAGUUUUGUUUACUACAAGCAAAGUUAUAAGUUAGUCAUCUAAACGUAAUAUUUAAUUCGCGAGUUAUUUUAUUGCGAUUUUUGAGAAAUGACGUCAAUUUUCGAAAGUUUACAAUCCGCAACAUGUGUAUGGUUCGGAAUAGGCAAUAAACGGAAUGUAAUAGUGUCUAUGGUCGCCGGAACUCUGUUUUUUGUAGGGUGGUGGUUUAUAAUUGAUGCUAAUGCCAAGUAUCCUAGUGAAAUGUCAAAAGCAUAUUAUGUAUGUGGAGUAUUUGGGACUAUAUCUUUAUUCAUGAUAAAUUCUGUAACAAAUGCACAAAUGGGAAGUGAUACACUCAGUGGUGGUUAUCUUGGAGCUAGAGGUGCAAGAGGUUGGUUAUUUAUUGGAUUUGUAAUGGGAUUUGCUGCAGUUAUUGCAGCUUGCUGGAUCUUAUUUGCAGAUUUUGUAGCUGCAGGAGCUCAGCACCAUUGGCCCGGUGUAGGUCUCUUUUUACAAAAUGUAUUUAUUUUUUUGGGAUCUCUGACCUAUAAAUUUGGAAGAAUAGAAGAGCUAUAAGGUUACCUAAUAUUUGUAUGUUAUAAACGUCUUUUUAUAUUUGUGCAGAAGUUUCUAGUUCUACUGGAUUUUAAAGUGGAAUACUUUAUAUCAAAGAACAAAUAAUUACAUAUUGUAUUGUGAACGAAUUGUAUUAAUUCAUUGUAAA